AUGUCCGUCUCCAAAAUUAUGUCUGCCGCCGUCAUGGCCUUCCUCUUCUCUUCGCCCGCUUUGGCAUGUCUGAGUAUCUCAGGCUCAAUUUCCGGCGUUAUCACCGCAAUUGACAACAGAGUUGUGACAUGCAGUGGUAGUAUUGGGAGUGGUGUUCAGAACCUGGACUGCAUCUCCGACUACUCGCUGACCUAUGACUACACGGAUAAUAUCUCCUUGGGCCUCAUGCCAAUCAUUUACUGCAAUCCUAGCUCCUGGUAUGAUGUCUUCCAUUAUUUCCUCGCGUAG